AUAAAUUCCAGUUGUGGCUCAGCUCUGAGACAGUCGAGUAGUUAUCAUCGCGUUCACCAUUUUACACAGCGAUUGGAAGAAAAAAAAACAUUUCUAAAAGUGAAUUGUGGCCUCAAUUGGCAUUAUUUUUUCGUUUUUCAUCUAGGAACAUUGAACGGAAAGUAUAGCCAAAGUAAAGAAUCUUCCUUCAUAAACAAAAUAAUUAGAUAAGAAAAUUGCACAGUUAUUCCUUAUUUGGUCACUGUCGAAUAUGGUCGUGUUGUAACUCGUUCUAUUUCUCAAGUUGUGCGUGUCCUCGAAUUCGACCUACUAAAAAAAGAAUUUGGCAAAACUUCAAGAAAAUACGUCACUGCCAUUGCACACGGAUCACCAGAAGACGGUGCAACUUAACUGAAAAUGUCCUCGCCUGUUUCCUCAAGUUUUACUGGAAAUAUCAACGGCAUUCAGUUCGAUCGCCAAGAUUUUUUCGGGAAAGAUGGCUCUGAUUCAGUGCAAAGUGGCACAUUUAAUGGUCAAAGAGUUGCAAUAAAAAGAAUCGAGUUGACCAAAGGCACGGAUCAAUCAUUUGGCAACGAGUUUGAAACUCUGCAGCAGUUAGAGCAUCCGAAUGUCGUCAGACUUCUUCAAUGUGGAAAUGACAACAACUUCAGGUACUAUGCAUUCGAAUGGUGUGGCGCCUCGUUAGAUCAGCUGUUUUUGAAGGCGGAUGACACUCGAAAAUAUAAUGGGCCUAUGCCACACCAUAUUGAUAUUUCGCUUCAGUUAGCUUCAGGUCUCGAAUACAUCCAUUCAAGGAAUUUAGUUCAUGGAAACAUUAAACCAGAAAAUGUUCUGAUUUCGGCGGGAUCUACUGGCCAAGAUGAGAUAACACUCAAAUGGGCAAACUCUGGACUGACCAGAUACGCCAGUAAACGAGCAAAGAUAACAAGUCAAGUGGGAGGAAACAAUGCAUGGUUAGCCCCAGAGUUGCUGUUGCUGAAAUUGGGUGGCAACUUGCACGGAAACAAGUAUCAGGGGACCGUCAAAAGCGACAUCUUUGCACAAGGACUCAUUUUCGGUAGUCUGUUCUUGAAUGGGGAACAUCUUUACGGUACCAUGGAAAAUGAAGACGAAAUAACCAAAAACAUAACGAACGGAAAUCCCAUCAACAUGCAAAAAAUGAAUCGCAUAUUAAAGGACUGUUACGAGGAUGAAAUUUUUAAAAGAAUUUUGGAAAACGACCCCAAUAAAAGGAUGACAUCGACAGCAGUUGUUAAUCAACUAAAAACCAUCAAGGAUAAGAUUUCUGGAAAAGAAAAAGAAUUGCUUCGGUUAUGUGCUCGUGAUUCUCCAUUGGAUUUAUCAGAAAAAAUUAAAAACUUUAUUCCCUUUGGAAUCAACAUUAACGUAAAGGACAAUGAUGGAAGUAAUGCACUCCAUCUUCUGUGUCGAUACUAUUCAAGUUAUGAAUUAAUUGCAGCAAUUAACCUCGUAAUCCAAAGCGGAAUCGACGUGAAUGCAAGAGAUUACAAUGGGUUGAAUGCCCUUCAUUAUGUGUGUCGAUACAAUGCAACCCCAAACUUAAUCGACGCCAUUCAGAACUUAAUUAAACUGGGAAUCGACCCAAAAGCGAAAUCCAACGAUGGAUCAAAUGCGCUCCAUUUUUUGACUCGAUACAAUUCAAGCUCAGACUUCAAGAACGCACUUGAAAUUUUGAUCGAAUCCGGAAUCAACGUGCUUGAAAAAGACAACGACGGAUGGCAUAUGUUUUACUACUUGGAAAUUAAAAAUAAGGAGGAAAUGAAAAUUUGGUACGACCGCAAAGCUCCAUUAGGGAAGGGUGGCUAUGGUCAGGUAUUUAAAGGGAAAUACGGAGGCCGUGAAGUCGCAGUAAAAAGAGUUCAACUAGAUCUUGACAACGAAAAAGAAGAAAAAGCUUUGCGAGCGUUAGAUCAUCCAAACGUCGUCAAACUUCUUCACUGUGACAGUAAUGACGACUUUAGGAUGUAUGUAUUGGAAUUAUGCGACGCCUCUUUAGAUCAGCUCUUCCUGGAGCCGAAUCACCCAAAGAAAUACGACGGACCUAUGCCACGUUAUAUUCACGUUUUUCUUCAGUUAGCUUCGGGGCUCAAUCACAUCCAUUCGAAGCUAAUCAUCCACAGAGACAUAAAACCGCAAAACGUGCUCAUUUCAAAGACACCUGCCAGCCGAAGCAACGAGGUAACAAUCAAAUGGGCUGAUUUUGGAUUGUCCAAAUCCGUAGAUGAACGUGGAUAUCACUCGUGGUCUGGAGUAAGAGGAACCACAAAUUGGUACGCCCCCGAGGUGCUGGAGAUAAACAAUAACAUAAAAGAGGCAGAAGAGGCAAAAAAGCUUAAAGGAACAGUCAAGAGCGAUGUAUUUGCCCUAGGCCUUGUCUUUGGGUUUCUUUUCUUGAAAGGAGAACAUGUCUAUGGUUCCAGUGAAAGAGAAAUUUCCGACAACGUAAUUAAAAAGCAACCGAUCAACUUGAAGAAAAUUGACGGUGAAUUACUCGAAAUUUAUCAGAAUAACCUACUUCAGAAAAUGUUGGAAAAUGAUCCUAGCAAAAGGAUGACAUCGGAAGAAGUAGUCGAACAACUGAAAUCUAUCGAGGAGAAGCUUGCAGAAAAAGAGAAACAAUUGCGUGAUCUAUGUGCUGGUCGUGAACCUCUUGAUAUUUUCAAUUUCGAAUUUUAUCUUCAUUUAACAAGAAAAAUCCAAAACUUGAUUCGCUUUGGAAUCGACGUGAAUGCAAAGAACCAAUUUGGAUUAAAUGCACUUCAUCUUUUGUGUCAACACAAUUCCGGUAGACACUUAAUCGAGGCAAUUAAAGUAUUAAUCGAUUUUGGUAUCGACAAGGACGCAAAGACGGAAAAGGGUUGGAAUGCACUUCAUCUUUUCAGUCCACACUUAUUCGAGGCAAUUCAAGAAUUGAUCAAACUCGGUAUCGACAAGGACGCAUAA